AGCUUCCAUUUGCAUCUCUCUCUCUCUCUCUCUCUCUCUCUCUCUCUCUCUCUCAUAUGCAAAAACCUAGAAGACAACUUUUCCAAAGCGCUUCACUUCCAUCCCUGCGUCCCCUUCUUGCCUUCAUGUCCCUUGCAAGAUCAUGAGCUAGGGGAGAAGAUCAAGAGGGAAGUCGACGGUUGCGGCGGUGGACCGGAUGACGGCGGCGCAGAGGAGCUGCAGCCUGCCAGCGGGGGCGGGGGCUGCGACAGGCGCCGGACAAGGGUCAGCGCAGAACACAGUCACGCCGUGCGCGGCGUGCAAGCUGCUCCGGCGACGGUGCGCACAGGAGUGCCCCUUCUCGCCCUACUUCUCGCCGCUGGAGCCGCACAAGUUCGCCGCCGUGCACAAGGUCUUCGGCGCAAGCAACGUCGCCAAGAUGCUCCUGGAGGUGCACGAGAGCCAGCGCGCCGACGCGGCGAACAGCCUGGUGUACGAGGCGAACCUGCGGCUCCGGGACCCGGUCUACGGCUGCAUGGGCGCUAUCCUGACCCUGCAGCAGCAGGUGCAGACCCUCGAGGCCGAGCUCGCCACCGUCAGGGCCGAGAUCGUCAGGCACAGGUACCGCCCGGCCGCGGCCUCCGCGUCAGCGGUGGCCACCGUGCUCCCCUCGUCGCACGCCGCCCAGCUCCUUGCGGCCUCGGCAGCCACCCGGGGGCUGCCCGCCGGCCGUUCAAUAGGGACAAGGACGGCGAUGCUGGCGGCGGCCGCCGGGGGGCCUGUGGCUUCGUCCUCGUCGUCGUCGACCGUGUACGCCGCCGCGUCGAGCUCAACGGACUAUAGCUCCAUCACGAAUGAGAAUGUUCCCUAUUUUGGUUGA